ACUACACAUACCAAAUACCAAGGUUCUCCUGACUACAUAUUCCAACAUCUGCUGUCUGUUGCUGCUAUACCUGUAUAGACUUGCAGGGCGAAGCGACAAGAAAUCGGCAUUGGCGAGGAACUGAGGCACUUGCACAUGAAAGACAACGGCUCCAUGGCCACCACAGCAGCCAAGAAGAAGCUCGUCGUCUGCGGUGGGAAUGGCUUCCUCGGCAGCAGAAUAUGCAAAGCCGCCGUAGCACGAGACUGGGACGUCGUCUCCAUCAGCCGCUCCGGCGAACCCUCCUGGCCCGCCGUCUCCUCCCACACCACCGCACCCGCCUGGUCCCAAUCCGUCACCUGGCGCAGCGCCAACAUCCUCCAACCCUCCACCUACGCAUCCGACCUCCAAUCCGCCGAUGCCGUCGUCCACAGCAUGGGAAUCCUCCUCGAAGCCGACUACAAAGGCGUUUUGCAAGGCAAGGAAUCUCCCAUUUCCGGUCUGAAACGUGCGUUUAGCGCGACCAAACAAGGCGGGAAUGCCAAUCCGAUGGAACAAGGCUCUGCCAUUGAACCGGGGGAGAAAGAUGGUCAAAUCACAUAUGAGCUCAUGAAUCGCGAUUCGGCCAUUGUGCUCGCACGAGAAGCGAAGGCCGCGGGCGUGAAGAGUUUUGCGUACAUUUCUGCUGCGGCGGGAGCUCCGAUUUUGCCAGGGAGAUAUAUCAAGACCAAGAGGGAAGCGGAAUCUGCGAUUUCGACGAAUUUCCCUCAAAUGAGAAACUUGUUCUUUCGACCGGGGUUUUUGUUUGACUCGAGUCGUGGAUUCACGAUGCCCAUGGCGGCAGUGACGUAUGGAGGAUUUAUUGCGAAUUCCUUGACGGGGGGCAAUUUGACGUGGUUGAUGGGUGCGGGAGGUUCGAAGCCUUUGAAGGCGGACUUGGUGGCGGAAGCUGUCGUCGAGGGAUUGAGCGAUGAGCAAACCAAAGGGCCAGUGGAGGUCAAAGAGAUUGAGGAGUUGGCCAAUCGAGCCUGGAGACGGGGAAUGCUUUGAGGGGACGAUUGCUGAUGUGCAUGAAGCGUUCAAGCGUGGGAUGUACGAUAGAAAGGAAAGAAUGGCAUUGUUGGUAUAUAAGUCAUAAUAUCGUAGAUAUUCAAAAGAGUGAGUAAAACC